ACCUAAUCACCCACAACCUCAACCAAAACAACAACAACAACAACAACAACAACAACAACAACCACACUCAUUCAUUACAAUCUUCUAAGAGGUUAUGUAGUCAUAACCUCAAUUCAGAGACCCUUAACCAAGAGUUAAGGGUUGAUUUCUCAGGAAAUAAUAAUAACAAUAAUAACUUUAACAAUGUUUUAAACAAGUCUUCAAACUCUGUACGCACAGCAGAUGAAUCUGAUUUCUUAGAAUGGUUUACAGAUUUCCAAGAUAUGGAUUCAGUUAUAUUUGAAGAUAAUGACCAAAUAUCUGUCUGUUCAACUAUCCAAAAUACAGCUACAAUUACCUUUAGAAAUUUAGAUGAAUUUAUAAAGUAUUUAGAAGAAAAUAAUUGCGCCAAUGAUAUUGAAGUUUCACCAUGCUCAAAGUCCCAUACUUUCAAUAGACCAGUUGCUGAUCCACGUUUAAUUGUCAAGGCUACUUGGUGUGUAUAUGGUAAUUCACUCAAUACAGAGUUCUUCUAUUCAUGUUUAAAGGAUAAGCAUUGUGGUGAUAUCAUUGUAGAUCAUUACGAGCCAUUAGUUGAUGACCCAGAACAUUUCAUACUUUCAAAGGGCGGCAGACGUAUAUUAGAAACUCCAAAUGCCGGUGGUAACUCUGUUUGGUCUGAAGUUUUGGGUUAUGAAGUUUUACAUCAUUGUUUCGGCGCCCAAUUAAAGAGAACUGAAACUGAAAUCGAAUACGCUCCAGGUUCAAAAAUUACCGAUUUUUCAGUCGAUAUCGAUGGAAGCCACAUUGGUGUUAGUGUUGUACGUAUAAUAAACUUCUUUGAUUUAAACGGAAAGACCUACAAGGCCGUUUUUACUCCAGAGUAUGCAAGAAAUCUCUUAUACAAGAAGUUGUUUGGUGUCAUUGCUUCAACAGAAGCUACAGUAGAUAAGUGGGAAAAGCAAAUUUUAUUUGUUUGGACUACCUCCUCAUGUGUCGCAGAUAUAAUUGUCGAGGAGUAUUGGAAGGUACCAGCCAAGUUAAGAUCAAAUACAUUGGUAUACGUUUCACAUGCUACAAAUUCAGAAUGGUUAUUUUAAAAUAAAACUAAAACUAAUAAAACUAAAAAUAAAAAAAUUCUUUUUUUUUUAAAUAUAAAA